CAAAUUCGAAAACCGCCACCAAAAAUUCGCUGUUUCUUUCACCCUAUAAAUAAUUUAAUAUUUUCAUUAUUCUUAUCCUUAAUUAUUACCCCAUUUUUUAAUACCCGUUUGGAUCGUUAACUUUAGAUCCAAAUUCGCAACACAAAAUUCAUCAUCAAAAAGCUUCUAUUUUCUCUAUUUUCUCAAUUGGGUUUCCGUAAUCAAAUUUUUCUAGGGUUUUGUUUCACUCCCACGCCACCAAUGGAUCCCAAACAAACCACUUCCUCCAGUACUGGUGGUGGUUUCUUUGCUUCUAUUGCUUCAAGUUUGUCCAAUUUUGGCUCUGUCGUGUCCAAAUCUGUUAACGGUCCUACUGGAAUUGAGCUUGAGGGAUUGGAAGUUGUUAAUCCAGAAGGAGGAACGGAAGAUGCUGAAGAGGAAGCGAAAAAGGGACGAUGGAAAGAGGAGGAACGGGAUAGUUACUGGAAAAUGAUGCAAAAGUAUGUUGGCUCUGAUAUCACAUCAAUGGUGACACUUCCAGUUAUCAUUUUUGAGCCAAUGACGAUGAUACAAAAAAUGGCCGAGCUUAUGGAGUACUCUUACCUAUUAGAUAUGGCGGAUGAGACUGAUGAUCCAUACAUGAGACUUGUGUAUGCCUCAUCAUUCUUUAUAUCUGUAUACUACGCCUAUCAAAGAACAUGGAAGCCGUUCAAUCCAAUUCUUGGUGAGACUUAUGAAAUGGCUAACCAUGGUGGCAUGUCAUUUAUAGCAGAGCAGGUCAGUCAUCAUCCUCCAAUGAGUGCCGGACAUGCUGAAAAUGAACAUUUCACUUACGAUGUGACAUCAAAAUUGAAAACUAAAUUUCUUGGCAACUCGGUUGAUGUAUAUCCUGUUGGAAGGACACGAGUUACUCUAAAAAGAGAUGGUGUGACCCUUGAUUUGGUGCCUCCACCUACAAAAGUUAGCAACUUGAUUUUUGGACGAACUUGGAUUGAUUCACCCGGGGAGAUGGUCCUGACAAAUCUGACUACAGGGGAUAAAGUCGUGCUGUAUUUUCAACCAUGUGGCUGGUUCGGAGCCGGUCGAUAUGAAGUGGACGGAUAUGUGUAUAAUGCAGCUGAAGAGCCAAAAAUUCUAAUAACUGGAAAAUGGAAUGAAUCUUUGAGUUAUCAAGUUUGUGACCCAGAAGGAGAGCCACUUCCUGGAACUGAGUUGAAAGAGGUUUGGAAAGUUGCCGAGAUCCCUAAAAAGGACAAAUUCCAAUACACCUAUUUUGCACACAAGCUUAACAGCUUUGACACUGCUCCCAAGAAGUUGUUGGCAUCUGAUUCUCGUCUUCGUCCUGAUAGAUUGGCCCUUGAGAAAGGUGACCUAUCGGUGUCGGGCAAUGAAAAGAGCAGUUUGGAGGAGAGACAAAGAGCCGAGAAGAGAAACCGAGAGGCGAAGAACCAGAAGUUCAUUCCUAGAUGGUUUGAUUUAACAGAGGAAGUAACACCUACACCUUGGGGUGAAUUGGAAGUCUACCAAUACAAUGGUAAAUAUACGGAACAUCGCGCCGCUAUAGAUAGUUCUGAUUGCAUUGAGGAGCCUGAUAGUAGACCAGAAUUCAAUCCUUGGCAAUUUGAUAAUUUGGUGGCUGAAUAAACAUUCUCGGGGAGUUUUUCUUAACUGUCAUUUUGGUAUUAUAAGUUUGUAAUGUAUCUAUUAUUUGAACACUUGAGAUUUUAUCUGUUUUUUUUUUUUUUUUUGGGUUGUAUUAUGUUGUAGCAUUUGAUUAAUCAAUAUUAGCCAUGUUAGUUCAA